AUGAAGAUAACUAGCACUGGGUACUGGCGCGACUGGGAGCCGUUCCGCAUUGUUGCCAAGAACACUACUGGUGCCCUUCCCCGAUUCGACACCACCAUUCAGUCAACCAUCGAUGGGCGCCAGCUCAACAAUGGGAUCAUUGCAUUGACUGCUGAUAAGGCAAGCAACAAGGUGGAGGAUUGCGAGUGGGUGGACGAACAGUGCGGCAACCUGUACGAAAUGAACUACAAGUUUUCCCCUAUUCUCUUCAUUGAAGAUGGCCCCCUCCCGAGAGAGCAUCUGUUUUACGGCUCCAUUGUUGUCGUACUCGAAGCUGGACACGGUGAAGAAAGUUUCACUAGGAAGACUAAAUCCACUGGCAAGAAGCCUCUCGGUAUUCUCGACAAGGCGAUUCAAGACCAGACAACGGACGCGUUCGUGGACGGGAAAGUUGCUGGCCUUGCUCCACCCACGGAGGAUCGUUACCCUUACACGAGGAACAUGGCGAUCCCUACAGCCACCGUUGUGUUCAAGUACGGCACGAGGGCCAUGCUCGUGAAGAACGGGAUUCUUCCCUCAGUCACCGCCACCAGCGCUCGCCCUCACCCAUACCACAAGCGAGUUGCCGUUAAGACCGGUCCAGUUCGUGGCCUGACCAAGUCCUCUUACGGCGGCAAGGAGUUCAAGGCCAACCCCAACCCGCUCACCGUCAUCUACGACCCCGAGGAUGACGACGGGAUCAGCCCCAGCAACCUCCAAGACAUUCUCAUCGACGUCAACUUUACUAUUGAGGACUCUUCGAGCUCGUCUGACAACGCGGCGUCGGACGAGGAUUCCGACAGCGAGCUGGAGUAG